AUGACGACUGCUACACCCCGUUACGGAGAUUAUCUACUUGUAUUGUCUGGAUUAAUUGAGCAUGCCCCAUUCUUGGAAAAUUGGAGAACUUUCAAAGACAGCGUGCGAAGAAAUGCAGGGAAACCAGGAUGGACGGAUGUAGCCACGAAAUCAGAGAAAGGGGUACGCCGAGCAUGGUGUAAUUUAUCGAGAGAGAGUAAUGCAAAAGCUGCAUAUGGUACGCAUUACGACAUGCAAGCGAAAGUAUAA